AUGCAUUUAGCUGGUAAUCCUGACUGUUCGGCCACACUGCUUCCACGUCACGCUGGUGCUAAACCAACUACAAUUGUUAACUGUGGCGUUUGCAGCAAUAACGAAGAGGAUGUCGUAACAAGUGUCCGAAUCCCUUGCGACAUGUGUUUGUUGUUAAUUGUGCUGGCAGUGAUCGUUGGCUCUUGUGCGGAGAUCCGUGUGAACUUUUGCGUGCUUCGCUGCAAAGAUAAUCAUAUGCGUGAGAUGGAUAACGAAUGGUCUACCGACUUCACAUUACCACUUCUCAAUCUUCUCAGGACCACCGGGAAUGAAACGGCAGCAUAUCUUAAAGCGAAACUUAUUUGCGAGAGUAACGCAGCUCUUGAACUUUGCCUGAAUCGAUGCAACAAAUCGCAAGAAUCCGCAAUUCUUUUGGCUGGUAUCAAAUCGUGGCAGGACGCUUGUGCCCAUUUGGAAGAAGUUCGAGCACAAUUCCCGUGUUGGAGGGAAAACGGCCAUGAACUCUCGCAAUCAUGUCGUGUUCAAACGAUAAAUCUUAAGGAAAGCAUGCAUCUAUUCGCUCGAAAUCAAUCUCAACAGAAUAUCCAGAAUAUUUGCAGCGAUUACGAUAAGUUUUCCACUUGUUUCACUCAAGAACACGGAAAACUAUGCGGAUACCGGUCGGAAGUCAUCACUGGUCGUAUGUUCCACAAUAAUCGUGAAGCGAUGUUCAAUAUGCUUAAAAUUCGCUGGUCAACGCUUCCAUCCCAGUGUGGCUACUCACAUCUCCGAAGAGAUACCUACUCUAACGAGAAAUAUGCGUUUUUCCGAAGUUCCGCCACUGUUUCUAGAUUUUUCUCCUAUUUUCUGCUAUCGUUAUCAAUCGUUUUACCCUAA